AUGUCACAGACUACGGUGAGUUUCCACCUAGAUAUAUCACAGAUUUCUCGGAUUACUGUGAGUUUCCAUGUGUAUAUAUAUCGUGGAUUUCUGUGAGUCCUUUGGCAGUAUAUACUUAUAUCACAGAUUCUGUGAGUUCUAGGCCAGUGUAUAUAUAUAUCACAGAUUACUGUGGGUUCUAUGACUAUGUAUAUAUGUAUAUAUCACAGAUUUCUGUGAGUUCUAUGUCAGUGUAUAUAGCACGGCUUGCUGUGAUUCUUAGGGCUAUAGAUAUCACGGAUUGCUGUGAGUUUCACUGACGGUAGAUGUCAGUCCUGUCUAUGCCGAUACUAUUCUAUCUUAUCAGGCUUCUUGGGAAGAUUCAUUGAGUUGGCAAUUGUUUUUGCCCUACUCCUGAAGAGACCAUGAGUACAAUACCCUUCAGGCGGUACGAUGAUGAUGAUGAUGAUGACCUACAAUAAAGAUAAGAUAUCUCAUACGGAUCUGUAUGUACAUGUGCAUUACAAUUUGCACUUUAAAGAAGGUAUUGCUCAGCAGAGCUUGAUUUUAUGGACAAUAUAUCACUGGAACAAAUCCAGCUUAAACCCAAUACAACUGGUUUUACCUCUAUGUUGCCUGCCGGGCACUUAGGGACCACCAGUCCCAGUUACGGUUAAUUCACACAGUCGUAUGCUGUCUAAGAUUAGUGUCUAAGGGUCCUAGGUCACAGGAUACCCGGAGGAUUUACAGAUAUUUAGGGGACUCUGCCAAACUCAGAGGUCCCCAUUACUCAUUUAAUAUGAAACCCAGGAUUGGCCUGCUAUGUCUGUGCCCCAUUGAUUGGCCUGCUAUGUCUGUGCCCCAUUGUUUGGCCUGCUAUGUCUGUGCCCCAUUGAUUGGCCUGCUUUGUCUGUGCCCCAUUGAUUGGCCUGCUAUGUCCGUGCCCCAGUGAUUGGCCUGCUAUGUCUGUGCCCCAUCGAUUGGCCUGCUAUGUCUGUGCCCCAUUGAUUGGCCUGCUAUGUCUGUGCCCAUUUGAUUGACCGACUACAUCUGUGCCCUUCUGUCUGGCCUGCUCUAACUGGGCCCAUUGUUGACCUGCUCUACCUGUGCCCGAGCCCCCCUUUGGACCACAAACCUGGGGGAAUUUCACUGAAGUAAGCUCAGUACCCUCUAGGUGGGUGUACGGACAGGCACUGCUGCCAUAUUAUCCAAGAGGACACCAGGAUAUGGACAUCUAACUGUGAUUGGAGGGGUGAAGGCCCUACACCUCAUGCCCUGAAGGGCAAAGUUUUUAUGAUUCCCGGGCACGCAACUACGGGUUAUACCCAACGACGACACAUCUCGAAGGGGAAUUUUGCACAAGCAGGGAACAGUGCUUAGACGCCAUAUUUGGUAUUGGCAGUGUUUUUCUAUGUCAUGUUUAGCUCCUGACCUUUUCAAUUGGAUUCCCUUGAUUUGUUUUUUCCAGUCUGCUAUCCGACCUGCUUUCCGAGGUAUGUAUUUUCCAUUUUCUACUUCAUUUCUUUGUUUUCGUGCCUUCUAUUGUCCUAUUGCUCGGGUCGUCGAGAGGCCUGACUUGACCUCCUCCUACCUCCCGGGUGCUUGUGGAUUGCGGAGAACGUCUCCAGCUUUCCUCAGACUACCGACGGUCAUCCUGGAGCCCACGCGCAAGCACGGGAUCCGGGCAGUCUUCAGCUCCGAAACGUACUUUUUUCAUCACCCCUUUCUCUUAUUAAGGUCGGACAUGGCCCGAGGUUGUAUACUUUGCUUAUAUUAAAUAAGGGUGUAACCCCACGUUUGGUCACCCUGAGUCUCUACUGGACUCUGGUUUGGAUUACAGAGGGUGCAGCCCUCCUUCACCUCGGCCCGAGACUGAUAUUUUUAUUUUCAAGAGUAGAGGGCGAACCCCUCUCAUUUAUCGAAUCGGACACUGAUUCAUUAUUAGAGGGCGCGGCCCUCCCUCAACCUCGGCCCGAUACUGAGCUGGAUAUAGAGGACAUGCUCCGAGUGACUCAUUCUCAUAGAAGGAACCGGACACAGAGGUAGACUCUAUGUUUGACUUCUAACGGGUGCGGCCCGCUCAUACCACCAACCAUGCGCAGACUCAGAGUGUGAUCACAUUUUACAGAGUGUGACUCUCUCAUACACUCAAUGCACUAUGGUGCCGUCCAUUUGUUCCUCACACAGGCUUGUACCUGUACAGGUCAACUAUGACCGCAUAGAGGGGUGGCCCUCCUACAUCCAAUUUAAAUAUGAUGACCGCGCUACUGAUUUCGUUCUAGAGGGCUACCUGAUCGGGCAAGGUAUACAUAGUUUGACUGGAUCCAUCUUGUAAUCCACAUGAGAAAUACCCUCAGAGGUAUUAGUGGGGGAUGUUUCCCACUUAUGUACACACAUUCCGGGAGACAGUGCGGCUAAGGAGGAGCCUCAGUUUUUACAAGAGUACAGGUUUUGGUAUAAUCUGUGCUAUAUCAAACAGACAUUGCACUCUGUUUCGGAUAUUCAUUGCGUACAAACUGUGCAGACUAUUCUCCCGUGUCAGGGUGAAAUGAGAUCCUGAGACCUGCAUAGGGCAAACGGGCACUGCCUUGCUCGAGUAACAAGACUAGAAAAUUCACAUAAACGGUCUUCAGGUGCACCGUAUGCAUGGAUCGCAUGGAGAAACCGAAAUUCUCAGGACUUGGCUUCCCUGAUCCUUACAAUCUUGAGAUAAAGUUGGCAGGACUGCUCCUACAACUCUGAACACAUAUCUGGAGAACAGUGUUCGGACUCUAUAUCCAUCACGGGAACCAUCUUGGUUUGGGUUCUCACUAGCCUUCCUCUUCAACUACCAUCAAGGAAACCUACACUGGGAGAUACAUGCUUGGACAGUCUAUGAGACAGGAACCUAGGGGUCUCACUAUAUUAUUCCCUAUCUUGUAGGUGGCAUGUAGGCCAGGAACCCCUACACGAAUAUUGACAGGUCGGGCAAGGAACAGGAUUAUACAAAGGGUAAUCGGAGUAUUUCACACUCUCACUGCAACACGUAAGGGCUCUUCUGUGUUAUACGGGUCCUUUAACUCUAUUGGAUGCGGCCAUCUUAGCACUCUUAGAGGAUGAUGUAUUUGGAUGGAAAUCUCAACCCCAGUUUCCGGUCCCAUCCUUUUGAAUUUUCCAGGAUUCAUAGAGGAACGAAUAGACACUAUUCGGUUCUAUUCGAGUAUUGACGGUGGACUUAGGCGCGGGCCUGAGGUUGGAGUUUGUCUGCAAGGCCACAUCGCCUGGUGAACCUGACACGAUCGGAGGAAUCACCUCCCACAUCAACAGUCGAGACACGGUGGAAGUCUCUUCUCGCGACCCCUCUGCACUUUACACCUACAGGAAUAUGGCUAAUAGGUCAACUUGGCAGCUCAUGGACCGACUGCUAGGGAACAGGUCGUAA